AACAAUUUCAUAAUAGUGUGACCUAACAAAUCCCUGAGUGUUUUAAAUGGAUGAUCGCAUGCAUGGCUCAACAUAACUUCAGAUUGGAUAUUGAUUAUAUGUAGUUACCGGUUGUUUUACUUAUAUUGAUUUAGACUGGAAAUUGCAUUGUAACCACUGCGAUAUAUUCACCUAGUUUUUUUUUUUUUUUUUCUAGGAUUAGUAUAAAAUACAUCCAAGAGACAAGGCCACCUAACAAAUUAACUACAAAUGUUUAAAAAUGGAUCGCACAUGAGUCUAAAAAAGGGCUUGGCCAAUCCUAGGCCCUAACACAAUUCAGAAUAUGUAUAUAUUAAGAUGUCGAUCGUAUUAAAUAUGUGUAGUACACAGUAAUGCGGCAAUCUUUAUCAUUUUUUGUACUAUUCAAAACACCAAUUUGCAUUUUGCAAGUCGCAAGAGUCACUUGCUAAGCUGGUUAUAGAUUAAAUAUGAUUAUUAUAGAAGUUUUUGGUGAUGAAGAAAAAUGUAGGCAACGAGAAAACCUGUCCUUGGUGACAACUCAUGCUUGCACUUGCCAUAAGCACUCAAGCCCUAAGCUAGCUAAACCUAUCUGUCACUACUAGAAACCAUUCAAAUAAAACUCUAUAAAUAGAAACCCUCAUGAGAUCUCUUCUUUUCUCAUAUACACUCAUACACACCACGUGAACAACUUCCCAAUUGCACAAUCUCUCUCUCUUUCUAUUACCUUUCUAUAUUAGAAACUAAUUAAUUGUAAUUGUAAUGGCUAAGUUAAGCUUCAGUUUAUGCUUCUUGUUGGUUCUUCUGUUAUCCUCAAUCGCUGCUGGAAGUCGCCCUCUUAGGCGGGCUCCAGUCGGGGUGAAGGUGAGAGGCCUAAGCCCUUCUAUUGAGGCUACAAGUCCGACUGCAUCUGAUGAUCAAGCUGCGGGUAGCAGCAGCAGCCAUGGGAAAUCGCCAGAGCGGUUGAGCCCUGGAGGACCCGACCCGCAACAUCAUUAGUUAUUUUGUGUUUCCUUUACAAUUAAGAGUUGUUUCCAAUUUCUUCGAGAUGAUUAUUACUUAUCAAUAAUUUGGUUGCAAUGAAUCUGUUUAUAUAUAUAUAUAUAUAUAAAUAAAAUUGUGAAUUU